GACGAAGAUCUUAUCAACCCGGUUUUUUUUUUUGUUUAUGUCUAAGUUCACAAUCUGUGUUGAAGCCCGUUAAAAUUGUUCUGGUUUUUUUUAAAAGAUCAUAAGAGUUGAAUUUAAUUUAGGUACUUGAACACUGAAUACUCAUAAAAACUGAAUUGGUAUAAAUAAACAACAACUAUGGAUAAUUCUAUUAGAGCUGAAAUAUUAGCUGAUCUGGAUACUAGCAUUAAUGGAUCUUUCAUGGAUUAUACAAAUGAUAUAAGCAAAUUAAAAAUAAAUAAAUCUGAGUUAAAUUUAUCUGUAUCAUAUAUACCAGGUGAACUCAGUGCUAUAUUUGACAUACCUAUUUCUCAACCAAAAUUAAAUUCUGAAAAUGGAUUGUACUAUCAAUUUCUUGAUGUUCUUCAAGCAUUUCGUAUAAGUUCACCUCUACAACUUUUAGAAAUUCUUCAAUAUUUUAUUGACAACUGUAUAGAUACCAUAUCUAUUUUAAAAGAUCAAAAUCAAAAUGUAGAUUGGUUAGAACAAGAAUUGAAUACUUGGCGUUUACUAUUAACACUUUUUCAAGUACAACAUUUAGAGUCUGAAAAAGUUGAUAAUAUAAUAAGUGAUCGAGAUUUAUCAGAUGCCUUGUUCAAAGAAGAUCAAAAAUUAAAAGGGAUACAAAGAAUAGUUGAUUGGUUAGAACAUUGUGCUGCUGAAAGAAUGGAAAAUGAAUUCAUGAAAAACGCAAAACAUUUUUCCGAUGAAGAAGUUGCUUGGCCAAAUACUUUAGGUCAAUUAUUAAAAAAGGAAUUGAUAUAUCAAAGCUCUGGCGCUCUGGUUACUCAAUUAGAUCCAGAUGCACCUAGCAGGCAAGCAAGAUCUAUUCAUGAUUUAGACCAAGUAGAUGAUGAUAGACUUUUAGCCCAAGUUUUUACAGAAAUUCGUUGUGGCCGUUUAGAAAAAGCUGAAUUAUUGUGUUGUCAGUAUGGUCAAUUUUGGAGGUCAGCAAUAUUGGAAGGAUGGAGACUUUAUCAUGAUCCAUUUUAUAAAUCUAAAGAAGACCAGACACAAUCUGAUGAAGUUCUUGGGAAUCCAAAUAGAGAUGUUUGGAAGUGUUGUGCAUGGAAAAUAUCGUCAGACAUAAAGAAUUCUGCACAUUGGAGAGCUACAAUUGGUAUACUUUGUGGGAACAUUGAUGCUGUUUUACCUGUAUGCAAUCAAUGGGAAGACAUUUUAUGGGCACAUCUUCAUAAUAUCGUAAAUGUAGCUGUUGAAAACCAUAUUCAAACCAACAGGACAAGCAACUUUAUAAGUCUUCCAGAAAAAUACUGGGAGUAUAAAAUGUCUUUAGAUGAUGUUGUUGCUGAACUAAAAUCCAACUCUAAAUUGUCAGUCCGCCAAGAAGCCCACCAACCCAAACGUCAAAUUCAACAAUAUUUUAUGACAAAUCAAUUUCGUGAAUUAGUAAAUAAUAUGGCAGAUUGGGCUGAAAAUAAAGAAUUAGACCCUCAAUUCUUACGUUUUCUUGCUCAUUUGGUCUUGGUAAUUCGCUGGGCAGGUAUUCAACAUGAUGCACUUGCUGGCAAUCUCAUAAUACAAAAAUAUAUAGAAGUUCUAAUCCCUAUAAAUGACCCCAUACUAGUUGCUUACUAUACAUCACAACUAGAACAAAAUAGUCAAAUCAUAAUUUAUGCAAAAUUUUUGGAAAAAAUGAUUUCACCUGAACAACGACAUAAUGGAUUAAUGUCUGCUGAAAAGUUUUCACUUCCUGUGGAUGAGAUUACUAAACGUAUUGUAGAGACAUAUAGAAAUCGAUAUACCAAUGUGACUUCUGGUGUCGAACUAUUUUCGGAAAUUACAAAUGAUGAUCACGAACUGGUUUCAGCACUAGAUUGGAUAAUUUACUAUCCACACCAGGUAGAAGAAGCAUUUGUCCAAAUCAAUGCAGUUGUGCGUAAUUUUGUUGCUCAAGGAAAAAUUCAAGCUGCUCGUUUGGCAUUUAACAAGAUUAAAAAGGAAUCAAUCAGUACAUUACUAAAUAAUGAUAAUGUAAAUAUUGAAACACUUUUGGCAUCCAACGUAUCACUUUCCAGUAAAAUUCAAUCACUCAUCUUGGAAUAUUUAGCUUAUAAAUGUUACUUAGAUGCGGAAGAAGGGUUUGCAGAAUGGUUUCAUGAAUACCACCAAACCAAACCCAUUGAACCUACCAAAUUACCUGCAAAUGCUGAAUACUCAAAAAAAAUGAUUUAUGACCAUAAUAUGAAACAGUAUCAAAUAGCUUUAGACAACUGGAAACAGAGCUUUUCAAAUUCAUCACAAAUUGUGAGAGAACAACUUUUCAACUUAUUGUUUUUCCCCAAUGGCUGGCUUGUUGACCAUGACAACACAGACAAAAGUCGCCAUGAACAUUUUGAACUUUUACGAACUAUAUGUAUCCCAAAGAUUUUUAUGCUUUUGCAUACUAUACUACAUACUACUGAAAAGUAUUCAGAGUGCAUUAAAUUGGCCAGUUACCUUACAGAUGAGACAAACAAGUUCUACCAAUUAUUCUCUCAAGCAGACCUAAAGAAAUUAUUGGCAAAAAUUGCAGAAUCAUCAGUGUGCAUAAUGGAAUCUUCUAAAUAUUUAGACCCUUGGGGCUUUUCAUCCCAAGAACAAAAUAAUUCUCUUUAAAAUGCAUUACUAUUAUACAUUGUGUUCAUUUUAAUGUGUAUUUCAAAAUAAUUCAAUUAAUUAUAAGAAUCAAUUUGGUUAUAAAAUAUAAAAAGAAAAAGAAAUAUUAA